GAAAGAUGAAACGUAGUGUGCGAGUGGUGUUAAGCGCCCUUGGGUUACGGUCGCUUGACUGGCUAGACAGCAAAGUAUUGGUAACGUACAGUAGGUAGGUAAAUGGGGAGAUGCGAAGGGAAAUAGGAAAGGCGUAAUGGGGGCAAGCGCCCGCCCCGCUUGUCGUUUGUUAGCGAGCGAAGUUGCUAGGUAGAGGAUGUGAGUCGGCGUUUUGUUUCGUGUCGUUCGGGGAGGUGAGAAGUGAGGUGAGUGGCUUUGAUGGGGCGACCGGCCCUGCUGUUACUAGGGUGCUGAGAUGUGUGUGUGGAUGGGUGGGUUUGGUUAUAAGGUUAGGAUGCUGCGCGUCAGAUGGCGAGGGAGGCGGUUGCGUGUGGGUAAUACAGUUUUAAACUCGAUAACGUUGUACCCUCUUUUGGAGCCUCUUUUUUUAGGCUUUCUCGCUUCUCGCUUCUAGUCUUGUCUGAGAUUCUGUUUUCGUUGCUUUUGUGUUGGUUUUCCCUGUUUUUCUGCUUUCCUGAUUUCCUCUGGCUGGGUUUUGAGGUCGUACGCAAUCUGGGGUGAAAGCCACUCCCGUCCUGCUUACUUUCAAAUCUUGAUUCCUUUCCGCUCUCAACUCACGGCGAGAAAUUGGUUUACUAUAUGCGCUGAGUCUACCUGUUGUUUGCUUUCAUUUUACAAACCAUGAGCUUGCUGCGACAAAGAGUUGGGGGUCUGGUUGCGCUGCUAGGAUUCUUCGCAACGCUCGUCAGUGCACAGAAUAUCACUACCAACAACACUGCCGCAUCGACUUUUUACCUUGCCAAGACGGAGACGCAGUUCUCCGUUAACGUUGCUGAUGACUCGGAUGAUGUCUUCAUUUACUUUGCCAGUCCAGCGUAUUCAUGGGUUGGGGUGGGGUUUGGAGGGAAGAUGGAGGAUAGUUUGAUGGUGAUCAUGUAUCAGAAUGCUGACGGUAACAACGUAACAGUGUCGCCACGAAUCGGCUCAAAAGCCUCAGAACCAUCUUUCAACUCCUCAAUCAACUUGACUAUUCUGCCUGGUACAACCGUCACCAACGACUCCAUGCUCGUCCUCCGCGCAAAGUGCUCAAACUGCCGCUCCUAUAUCGACACAGAGUCCACAGCGCAGCCCAUGAUCUAUGCAUUCGGAAAAGCUCAAAACCUCAGGUCCAACUCGCCUUCAGCCCAUCUCCAGCGACACAUCCAAUACGGCCAUUUUACCAUGGAUAUGACAGCUGCCACGGGCGCAGGUGGCGUACCAGCACAAAGCAACGCGCUCAACGGCGUAGGCGCAAUGAGCGGCAUGGUUCGUGACCACGACCGCGCCAAUCUCGCACACACCAUCCUAGGCUGCUUGGCUAUAUUUUUGCUUUGGCCGCUCAACGUGCUGGUGGUGGCGUUUUUCAAAAACAUCAAGAUUCACAUUGUGCUCAGUGUGCUUAUUGUGGUUUUUCUGCUCGUCAGUUUUGUGCUGGGUGGUGUGACUAGCAGUCAGUAUACGAAUUCCAAAGCCUUCAACACCCCCCACCAAAUCUUCGCCAUCCUAUCCCUAAUCCCCCUCCUCGGAACCACCCUCCUCCCCACCCUCACUCGCCUCUCCCCCAAGAACCUGCGCCCUCUCCACGCCCCCCUCGCAUCCGCCUCUUUCCUCCUACUCGUCCUAACCGGCGGCCUCGGUCUCCACCUCUCCGCGCAACCCACCGCCAUAAUCCUCGUCUACACCGCCAUAUCCCUCGCCGUCGCCCGACCGCGUAGUUAUGCUGGGUGCGAUGGAAGAGCGCGGUGGUGGUGCAAGUGGGCAUGCGAGCGCGGCUAG